GAUGAAUCACCAGCAACAAAAUUAUCUUGAGCUCAAAUUCUCCCCCAUUAAUGAUGAUUUCACCGACUUUUCUUCCCAUUUUUUCCUUGUUGAUGCUGUUAGUGACAUACACCAUGAAUGCUAAUGGGUGUUAUACAUCGAUCAUAAGCUUUGGUGACUCGUUAGCUGAUACCGGAAACCUAAAACAACUCACCACCAGAUCAAACAGCCGGCCACCACAUUUCAUGUUUCCACCGUACGGUGAAACCUACUUCCAUAAAGCCACCGGAAGGUGCUCCAAUGGCCGUUUGAUCAUUGAUUUCAUUGCUGAGAGUCUUGGUAUGCCAUUGAUACCACCAUAUGAGGGUGUCAAGACUAAUGGUAUGUUGGAGAAAGGCCAGGGGGUGAAUUUUGCAGUAGCCGGUGCGACUGCAUUAGAUUCAGCGUUCCAUGAGGCACAAGGGGUUAUCAAUCCAUAUACAAACGCGUCUUUGGGUGUUCAGUUGGAAUGGUUCAAAGAUUCGUUGCCUUCUAUUUGUGGCACCCCGUCAGAUUGCAGACACUUAAUUAAAAAUUCAUUAAUUCUUAUGGGAGAGAUCGGAGGUAACGAUUACAAUCAUGCAGUAAUCGCUGGAAAACCAAUUGAUGAGCUGAAAUCAUAUGUUCCUCUCGUUAUUAACACCAUUGUUUCAGCUAUCAACGAGUUGAUUGAGCUUGGGGCUGAAACACUUGUUAUUCCUGGAAACCUACCGAUUGGAUGCUCAGCUGCGUACUUAACGAUCUAUUAUGGUUCUGAUUGGGUUAGACACGAUAAUACAACAGGUUGCAUUAUAGAGUUAAACAAGUUUGCUGAGUAUCACAACGAGUUGCUUCAAACUGCAUUAAAUCAAAUCCGAGAAGUUAAUCCCAAUGUCAAUAUCAUCUACGCCGAUUACUACAACGCUGCCAUGCAAUUUUUCCAAUCUCCACAAAAAUACGGAUUCACAAAUGGAGCACUAAGGGCAUGUUGCGGAGGUGGAGGGCCAUAUAACUACAAUGAAAACGUAGCUUGUGCAGAUCCUUUAGCAACGACAUGCGUUGACCCAGAAACAUAUGCUAACUGGGAUGGAUUGCACUUAACGGAAGCUGCAUACAAUGUGAUUUACAAGAGUUUAUUUAAAGGAACAUAUACUACACCACAAUUUAAUUCUUUGUGCAAUAAGUUAAUUGUACAACCAAGUGAUGCGUCAUCGAGGUCUUUUGAAAGCUUCUAGUACAAGUAAACUAAGCUUGUAAAUGAGAUGGUUUUGUUAAUGAAGUAUGAUUUAAUUGUAAUGCAAUUUGAUUUAUGUAGUUGGAUGUGU